AUGUCCGCUGCUACCCCACCCUCCGUUGAAGAGCAAGGAGGCGGAUUUACACUCUGCAUAGAGAUAGCUAUCAUUCUGUACGGAAUUGUCACCGCACAGACAUACUUUUAUUGGUGGACAUCACAAGAAGACUCAAAACUACUUCGCUCCUUGGUCGUAUCUGUAUGGUGUUUGGAGACUGUGCACACAGUGUUCUGCAUAUAUAUGAAUUACCACUACACAAUUACUGACUUUGGGGACCUCGAAGACCUUCUUCAGAUCAAUUGGGGUGCCGGGCUUUUUCAUUUGGCGAAGCUGGAUAUUGAGUGGAGGAUCUAUUGCACUAGUCUCCAUACUGGCAAUCUUGCUCUUCUUACGCAUCGGUCUGUGUUCACCAUCGCUAUGUUGACGACGAAACUAACUUAUGUUGCAUCAGUGUUUGGAACCGCAACGGCAAGCUUAAUGUGGAAAUUUCAUACUUGGCUUGACUUCAGAACAUCCCGUGCAGCUCUAAUAACGUUCACAUGUGGCAUUAGCCUGUCAGGAAUUCUGGAUGUACUCAUCGCCCUCAGCCAAAUUUAUUAUCUCUGGAUUAACCGUACGGGUCACAAGGCAACAGAUAAUUUGGUUCGAACGUUGAUGGCAUACAUUAUCAAUACCGGUGCUUUAACAAUGUGUGUUUCGAUAACGAUCAUUGCAACGUUUUGGGCACCAGCCUUGAAGACCAGUUCACUCUUUGGCGGACUAGUUGCGAUUCAGAGCAAAUUCUAUGCGAAUUCGCUGAUUGCUAUGCUUAAUGCUCGACAACGCCAUGAAGCUGGACGGAAGCAACCUUCUAAUCUUGUCGAGAUCGAGCUUCAUGAGAGUCACGGAUCGUCCAGAUCACAAAACAUUGAGAUAUUCCGUGAUGUUAGAGAGAUUAUUGAUUAUACUUUAGGUAAAAGAAGUGCCACUGGAAAGGACUAA